CGAAGAGCCGCCAGCAGAGGGAGGGUUACUGCUUCGCAGCCCGCCAGGUUGUUGUGGAGACUGAAAAUGAUCUGCCUGGGGUUCUUCUUCUUUUUAGCAGCUUUCCCAGGUGUCAGCUCCCAGAUCCAGCUGACCCAGUCUGGGGGAGAAAUCAAGAAGCCUGGAGAGUCUGUGAAGGUGACAUGUAAAACCUCCGGCUACACCUUUACCAGCUAUUACAUGAGCUGGGUACGGCAGGCUCCCGGGAAAGGACUGGAGUGGAUAGGAUACAUCUAUCCUGGUAGCGGUGACACUGGCUAUGCCCAGGCCUUCCAGGGGUGAUUCACCAUCACCAGGGACACCUCCAUAAGCACGGCCUAUCUACAGCUGAGCAGCCUGAGAACCGAUGACACAGCCACGUAUUACUGUGCUCGGGACCUCUGGGGCUCGACCUGGUAUUACGAGCACUGGGGUCAAGGAACUAUGGUCACUGUCACUUCAGCUAGCCGCACGGCCCCCUCUGUCUUCCCCCUGACCUCCUGCAUCGGCGAAGGCACCACCCCCCAGGUCACCUUCGGCUGCCUGGCCAAAGGAUACUUCCCCGAGCCGGUCACCGUGACGUGGAGCCCAAGCGUCGCCUCCUCUGGCGUGAAGACCUAUCCCUCCCUGCUGCAACCUUCCAGCGGCCUCUACACGCUCAGCAGCCAGGUCACCGUCCCGUCCAGCAGCUGGAAGUCUAACACCUAUAGCUGCAACGUACAACACCAGCCCACCAGCUCCAGCAUCUCCAAGGAAAUCCCAAAGGGCCCGUACUCUGAACCCGAGGUGCACGUUCUCUACUCCUGUACCGCCAAGCCAGGCACCGUGCAGCUGGUGUGCUUCAUCUCCGGCUUCUCCCCCGAGCCUUUGAGGGUGGAAUGGCUGGUGGACGGCCAGCCCGGGCUACUUCCUGGUCACACCGACCCUGCCAAGAAGGACGCCGAUGGCGACACCUUCAGCACCCGCAGCAACGCCAGUGUCUCCCAGGACGAGUGGCUGAAGGGCAAGACAUACACCUGCCAGGUGUACCACCCAGGCACCCAGACCACAAACCAGGACCAUGCCCGCAAGUGCGAAGAAGAAACAACAUCUCCCAGCAACAUCCAGGUCUUCCUGGUGCCCCCGUCUCCCGCCGCCCUGUAUGUGGCCCAGAGCCCCAUGCUCACCUGCCUGGUGGUCAACCUGCCUAGCAACUCCAGCCUCCGGGUGGUCUGGUCCCGGGAGAAGCCAGAGUCCAUUAGCCCUGAUCGCCUGGACCUCGGUGAGCAGUUCAACGGCACCUUCACCGCCUCCAGCUCCAUGCCCAUCCUCACCCGCGACUGGGAUGCCGGAGAGAACUUCACCUGCAAAGUGGAGCACUCAGAGCUGCCCUCACCCCUCAUCAAAUCCAUCUCCAAGAAGCCAGGCAGGCGCUCUGGCCCAGGCAUCUACCUCCUGCGCCCCCACAACGAUGAGCUGAGCAGCUCCGAAGACUCCGUCAGCCUCACCUGUCUGGUGCGGGGCUUCUUCCCCGAGGACAUCUCAGUGCAGUGGAUGAAGAACCACAAAGCCGACGAGAGCAUGGAAUACUUCACCACCCAGCCCAUCAAGGACGGAGCUGGCGACUCGAACUUCUUCCUCUACAGCAAGCUGAAAGUCAACAAGGCCAGCUGGAACAGCGGGGACACCUACACCUGCAUGGUCAUCCACGAAGCCCUGCAGAUGAAGUUCACCCAACGCAGCGUCAGCAAAGUCUCUGGUAAAUGAAGACAUCUCCUCCCAGCCCCACUGCUAGUAUUGUCCAGUACAA